AACGAUUCUUGAUUUCAAAUGUGCGAUGAGAUAAAUAAACCGAUAAGGAUUCCUGUAUGCAUCUAAUAGUUUCAUCCAAUCAUGAUAUGUUUUCUUACCUUAAAAGAUUUUUUAAAUUUAUGGAAAAUGGAACCACGCCACACAAGUUACAGAAGCUGAGUGCUUGUGUACCAUCUGUGGAAAAUGGAAUAACAUUAGGUGCACCCCGAACUCCUCCAAUGCCUGCUUCUGAGGUGCAAGGAACAACUUGCAAGCCACAAGUUAAAGAAGUUAGAAUUAAUGGUUUUACUGUCUCUGGAAAAAAGCAUAAAGUCUGUCCACCAAGCCCUUUGGCUGCAACAAUGAAAGUGAAAGUCAAGGAAAAUGGUGAACCAUCCGCAAAGCCGCCUCAUCCUGACCUAAAGUAUCUCAAUCAGAUACUCCAUGUACCUACAAGGGAGCUGUUGCCAGAGAUUGAUGAUGACCAAGAAUGGCUACUUGGUCAGUCGGGUAUCAAAUUAAAAAAGGCGAGAACAGAUCCUCCAGAUUCUGGCGAAUCCUUGCAGGUCUGGAACCAAGCUUUCAGAAUAGAGUCUGCGGAUAUCACAGCUCUUCCUUAUGUAGUUCCAUUUUAGCUAUGACUAUAUUCCUACGCUACAAUCCCUGAGGAGAAGAACUAUCCCUCGCACAACGCCACUUUGCAGCAGAAGACCGACACAGCAGUCCAUGGCUCCCCAAAGUUUAUGAGCAGGGAUCAAAUAUGUUAUACACGCCCAUAAUAUGAACACCCACAAAGCUCUGCAUGGGUGGGGGAAAAGAAUGAAUGAGGAAGAUGUAAGUAGAGUAAGUUUAUAGAGAAGUUGAUUGUUGUUUGACACCAUGUUGUGUUAUAAGGACAAGGAUAUGUGUGGCAUUUUGUUCUGCACGCAAUUUUGAUUCCCUGCUUGCAUCAUCAACAUUAGUGGAUAAAGUUUGUAUAUUACAGAGAAUGGAAAAAGAAAGAGUAGGGCUC